GUGUGUGUGUGUGUUUGUUGUGUGUGUGAAAAAGAGAUUAUGUGUGUCUCUUUGAGAAAGAGAGUGUGUAUGUCUGUGAGGAAGAGAUUGUGUCUGUGUGUGAGGGAUUGUUCUACACAGUGAGUGGUGCGCCUGCGUGUGUGUGUGCAAGAGAGACAUUGACUUAGAGAGAGAAAACAGGACAAGUGUUGGCUUUUCUGUCUGCAUUUCAGUCUGAUAUCAACAGACAGGGAGUGUGUGUGCAUGUGUACUCCGUGUGCAUACACAAGAGUGCGUGCGUGUGUUUUUUUCUGUUGUUGUUAGUCAAAAUGGAAGCACAGAAGCUCAAACACCCAGCAGCACCUUGUACGUCUACAUUUCGUACCGCCACAGUCAGCUGCUGAAAGAGAGCAUCGUUGGUAUUGUUGCAUCUCUGGUCUCCUCCUUCCUUCCUCCUCCUUUCCCCUCCCUUCACUCAUCCAUCCAUCCGUCCACCCCCUCUCCUCUUCACACACGCACCCCGAUUUGCGCAUCACCUCCUCCGGCAUAAUGACCAACGAUUCUCCGGAGGAGGAGACCCGAGCUCCGGGCAGCGGAGGAGGAGGCGGAGGAGGUGGUGGAAGAGGAACUGCACAAAGAAACCGAGCGGACGACAAUGUCACCAUCCUGACAUCCUCCAUGGAUUUCCACAGAGCCAGCCGGAGCCGAGCCAGCAGCAGCAACGAUGCCGCCCCGAGCAUCACAUCCUCCGUGGACCUGAGCACCUCCUCCCUGGAGCUGAGCAUCCAGACGCGGAUCUUUAAGAUCAUCGUCAUCGGGGACUCCAACGUGGGGAAGACCUGCCUCACCUUCCGCUUCACCGGGGGAAGCUUCCCCGAUAAGACCGAGGCUACCAUCGGCGUGGAUUUCAGGGAGAAAGCGGUGGAGAUAGAAGGGGAGACUAUCAAGGUGCAGGUGUGGGACACAGCAGGCCAGGAGCGCUUUCGUAAAUCCAUGGUGGAGCACUACUACCGCAAUGUCCAUGCAGUGGUCUUUGUGUAUGAUGUCACCAAGAUGGCUUCCUUCCGCAACCUACAGACAUGGAUAGAGGAGUGUAAUGGCCAUCGGGUCUCUGCAUCAGUACCUCGAGUCCUGGUGGGAAACAAAUGUGACCUUGUGGACCAAAUACAGGUGCCCUCCAAUAUGGCGCUGAAGUUUGCUGACGCCCACAACAUGCUGCUGUUUGAGACAUCAGCCAAGGACCCGAGGGAGAGUCAGAACGUCGACUCUAUCUUCAUGUCCCUCGCCUGCCGCCUGAAGGCCCAGAAAUCCCUGCUCUACAGAGACGUGGAGAGAGAGGAUGGAAGAGUGCGACUCACACAAGAGACUGAAACAAAGAGUAAUUGUCCUUGUUGAGGAAAAGGAGGAGUGGGAGGCAUAAUAGAAGGGAAGAGAGAAGAGUAACUGUACAUGUCAAGGAAGAGGAGGAGAGGGAUGAUGGGAAAGUGGGGCUAAAACAAGAGUCUUUUAAAUUAAGUGCAACUUUUCUAGUUUAGGAUGAGGAUGGGAGGGGGUGAGACUGAGACGAAGAGCAAUGUGUUUCAAAGAAGAGGAGGAUAGGGUGGAGGAGAACAGUGAAGUUAAAGCUUGUUCUUGAGGAUGAGGACAGGGAGAAGAGCGGAUGCAGAGUAGAAAGAAAAGAGGAAACUGGGCUUGUGGAUUGGGAAUUGACACAUUUAUUAACAAUUCAGAAAUGAGACAAUGUUGCCUUUUAGAUUCCUGCAUAGUGUAAAAUUCUUCACUUUUUUCAAACAGACACAAUCAGAGUAAAUAUACUUUGUGCAGGGCCAGUACAUAGGCAAACAUAACACCAUAAACAUACAGUAUGAGUCACUCUAUGGAUUGACAACAAACUGAAACCAGCCUUGGCUUGGUGUUUGUCAGAGCCAUCAUUAACAUCAACACUCUGAGGCACCAUAUUAGAACACAUAUAUCACAGUCUUAGUUCUUGCUGAUAUUGAUUUUCAUCCACAUCCUAGCUGACAGCAGCAUUGCCCAAUCUUUUUCUACUGCCUUAAAAAGCUGCUUCAGUCUUGGUUUUAAUAAACCAAUUGGGCAAGAGUAGCAUAGAGGAGAGUUUUCGUAUUAACUACUCGAGAUGAUCUUGGUUUAUACAACCACGCAAAAAACCUUCCGACAGCCUCUUAAAUAGACUAUUUAAGAGGAUUAGUGAGGCUUUUUAUGUCUCAGCAUUUUAAUGUACCUGAUAUUUACCCUUCAAAAGUAGGACAGUUGACUUUGAAUCACUGUGAGAUCACAAAUACAUGGGAAAGGUGAGACAUGUUAGAAAAAGUAGAUAAAAAAUAGGGGGCAAAACAGUGCAGGUGAGCUCAAAGGACCUAGAGUAAGACCUUGAGAACAAGGUUUCCUGAAAACAGCCCAUCUAGAGGUUGUCAGACAGCAUGUCACAUAUUGAUUUAGAGGCUGUAAGAUCCUCUUUCCCUUUUGCAAGAGAAAUGCACUCUCCCACAAAGAAGGGCCGCCAUGGCAAGGCUCCUCUUUCUCAUCUAAUCCUGAUGUAAACAUAUCCUCUCCAUGUUUUCCCUUGUGGCAGAGUGGCUUAUCUAGCUCUCUUGUGUGCAAAUAUGCAGAAACAUCUAGUCUAUGUGACUUCAAGACAGCCGUUUGGCUCCCUCCCGGUCUCCUUAUCCACAGCAAUUCCAUAUUCUGUAAUAAACAUUUUCAAGGUAAAGGCCUUUUGUCUUAGAUGACGUGCUUUCUACAUCAGUAUCACUGCCUCAGUUUCAAAGAGGACAGAAAAAUGACAGAACUGUGACCCCUGUAAAGACGAUGGAAAUUUUUGUACUGCUACACAGCCUGAGCCAGGAUGUACAGUGCAAGUAGACUAUUAUGUUUGGUGCCUGUGUAGAGGAAUGAGUAUCCGAGCCAUGGAUGAUACAGGCUGCAUGAAACACUGUAGGAAGCCAUAUUCAUUAUUCACUGUUCAAAGAGAUACAGUGUGUUUUACAGGAGGUAGUUCCCUGCUGGGUUGUGGGUGGAAAAAAACACUGUACAUAACUUAGCAUUGGAGCUAUGAAGCCUUUGCGUAAUAAGGCAUCAAUCCACUGGCCUGACUGUGACGCUGUCAGUUUGAUAUAGCAGUGCAUUCACCAUAUUUUACCCUAAUUUAACACUGUAGCCUACUUUUGAGCAGUGCUAUUAAUAUAUUUGGAUGCCAUAUGUAAAAAUAAUCAGAUCACUGAGCAUUUAAGGCCAGUGUUCCCUCCACGCUGACGGUCUGAUGACCUGAUUAUUUCAACACAUUGAGCAAUUUAAACACUGUGCAAAUCCAAGUGAAAUCCAGAGCUAUUGUCUGAGGUAUAUCAGGUUUUAUUGAUGUUUAUUCCAAAAAUCUUCAUCUCUGUUAAUUCAUUCUUAUACUAUUAACAGCAGCAGGAUUAAACAGCUGUUUUAAGUAAAUCACAUCACAUUACUGUAAAACCCCAGGAGGCGCUCUAUUCAUUCUCACUGUACAGGCAAAUCUGUGAUUUGGAAAGGAGAUUUUAACUUUCAUACAUGCAACCCAGAGCCAUAGUUUCAACAAGAGCUGGGCAAAAGAACACACAACAACUAGGUUAACAACCACUCAUCCAUUUUCUAAACUGCUUAUUCUGUUCAAGGUGGUAGGUGGCUGGAUCAUAUCCCAGCACAUGAAAGGAGGGGUACAGCCUACAACUUUUUAUCUGUUAACAAAUAUCUAUGGCUCUGUCUACCGUUAGGUUAGCAUAAUCUAGCUAAUUUAGUCGCUGAAAUUCAAGUGAGAUGAUUGUACUAGCUUAAUGAGAAGAAAAACAUGUUGUGGAAAAAAGAAGAAUGUGCCUGCAUUUCCUUCAUACACUUAUCAGAUCUGAGUAAAAUAACAUUUGACUUGGUUUCAAAUGACUGGAAAAAGGAUAUAUAUUAAUAGUUUUUGUUUGUUUGUUUGUUUUCUGGUUUUCACCUUUAAUAACAGUAUAGAACUGAGUGUCAUUUUUGUACAAUAAAUGAUCAGUUAUCACUCAUAUCACUCAAAUUCUGUACUUAACAUAUCACAUUAAGCACUAUCUCAACUUUCUUUUUCCAACAUUUGAAAUCACUGCAAAUGUACAUUUUAUAUAGGUCUAAAAGUUAAGAAUACAAAUGUAGUAUGUAUGUAUGCUUGCCUUCCCUUUUCCCUGUACAUAUAUUUUAUUUGUUAAAAUGUUUCCUUCUUCGGUUGUUUCUUUUUAAUAACCAGUGUUUGCUCUUAAAGGGAUGCCUUGACAUUUUGAAAUUUAGUCUGGUAUUUUUGUUUAUCUGUUUAAGAAAAGUUACCAUAUGUGAAAUUUUGGUAAUGCUAACACAGCUAAAAGGAGACUGGUAUUUGCAGUUUGGAGCUAGCUUGAUAGCAUUAUUAUAUUUUCAUAUUAACUACCUAUUCUGUUGUGGUUUUCAAGACUUGUCAUUGCUUUUUUUAUGCAUUAAAAAUUCUAAUAAUAUAACAUUUAUUGAUGUCUGUGGAGAAAUUAUCUUCCCCCUCCACAGAGAAAUCAGUGCUGUCACACUGAGCACAAUGGAGCAUUAAAAUUAAACAAUAACUGAAGAAACAUUCAGUAAAUAUUAAACUUAAAUGAUGCAUGAAUCCUAAACAUGAGCUGGAAAAACAUUUCAUUCUCAGGUUCUUUUGGGUCCUUUGUUUUUACAUGUCUCUCCAUCACUGGCCCGACUGAUAUUUGUGCUAUGGGUCAAUGAACUGGGGGCAUGGGGGUGCACUUUUUGAAGAUAGGCCACCAUUACCAACUGAGAGACACAGGUCAGCGGUCACUUUAGACCUGCCCUUUGACUCCAAAAGCUGUUUUGAGAGUUGUUACAUCAACACAAAACGAUGGUGAAGAAUCAUACACCUGGGAUAGGUUCUACCAUUUUAACGCUCCAUUAAACUUGAUGUGACUUACAGAGGCAAGACAUCUGAGAUGGGUCAGUUACAGAACAAAAACCCUUGCUCAAACACCCUUCAGCAGGACGGAUGGUUGUUGACACAGGGAUUUGAACUCUCAUCCUACCCAGUCACCACUACCAUCCUCCUCCAGCAUAAACCAAAAAAAAUUCAGAUUAAAAGUCAAAAUACCAAGUUACUCCUUUAACAAAAGCCUUAAGAGUGGUGUUACUGGAUUUUGUGGUUGUUAUAAUUUGAUUAUAACUGUAAAAUCUGAAAUGACAAUGUUUUUUGGCUGUGAGGUUAUUAUUGUUUUGGACUGUAUCGUCUUUGUCUUCUUUGUUGUUGUCACAAAGGGACUUCUGAUAAAACAGCUGAAGAAGCGUCA